CUUGAUAUACGCUUUGAGUCGUCGAAUAUUUUCACGAGUUUGAGUCGGAGAGUAACAAAACGAAAGCAGAAUUCAGUUUGAGUUGAGACGUUGUCGUGGGCACGUCGCAUCAAAGAGAAGAGCGCAUAACAGCAAACACAAAACAACAAUUGAAAAAGACGUAAAAACCAGAGACCAAAGCAAAAAGAACAAAUAUUACAGUUAGUGCAAAGUGACAGUGUGAACAAGAAAAGAACAAGCAAUAACGCAAGUGCUAACAACACAAACACACAAACUAAGAACAACAAACUUUAACGAAGACACAAAAAGGGAAUAUGUCUUCCACUUCAGCUUCGCCCAUCAGCAACAUAACCGUGGACGACGAGCUUAACAUAAGCAGAGAGCAAGACUUUGUCGAGGACGAUUUCAUAGUUAUCAAAGAGGAGCGCGAAAGCAGCCUGUCACCAAUGUUGACGCCACCGCACACGCCCACCGAGGAGCCGCUGCGACGCACUGGCUCAGUCACAGCCGCCGAUGAGGCAGUGGCCACGCAGCUACAUUUGCGACACAUGGCGCACUACCAGCAACAUCAGCAACAACAGCAGCAACAACAGCAACAGCAGCAUCAACAGCAACACCAGCAGCAGCAGCAGCAUCAGCAACACCAUCGCCUCUGGCUGCAGAUGCAACAGCAGCAUCCACAUGGCCAUUAUCCGGUUUAUGCCGGAGCUAAUGCUGAUCCCGUGGCCGUGCACCAGCAGGCGUUGCUCAUGAACCAAUGGAUACGCAAUGCCGCCCUCUACCAGCAGCAGCAGCAACAACAGGCAGCAGCUGCUGCAGCUGGUCAUCAUCACCACCCGCACCCGCACCCACAUCCCCAUCAUCCGCACCAUCACGGUCAUCCUCAUGCCCAUGGCCAUCCCCAUAUGCGCCCUUAUCCCGCUGGACUGCAUACGCUGCAUGCCGCCGCUCGCCAUUUUGGAGUCAUGCCCAGUUUGAAGCUGAGCGGUGCCGCAGCAGCCGGAGCCGGAGGCGGCAGUGGGAGCAGCCGGCCCAAGAAGCAAUUCAUCUGCAAGUACUGCAAUCGCCAGUUCACCAAGUCCUACAAUCUGCUCAUCCACGAACGCACCCACACGGACGAGCGUCCCUAUUCCUGCGACAUCUGCGGCAAGGCCUUCAGGCGCCAGGAUCAUCUGCGCGAUCAUCGCUACAUCCACUCGAAGGAGAAGCCCUUCAAGUGCAACGACUGCGGCAAGGGCUUCUGCCAGUCGCGCACGCUGGCCGUGCACAAGGUCACCCACCUGGAGGAGGGCCCCCACAAGUGCCCCAUCUGCCAGCGCAGCUUCAACCAGCGUGCGAAUCUCAAGAGUCAUCUGCAGAGCCACAGCGAAUCGGCCACAGCGGCUCAGGCAGCAGCAGCAGCUGCAGCAGCAGGAGCAGCAGCUCCUCGCCCCAGCCAGCCACUGAGCGCUGCUGUGCAGCCUGUUCAGCUGGUCAGUCCCGGUUCCAAUCACAAUACGCCCGCCUUGGAUCUGUCCUCGUCUGGUGGAGCCACCGCGGAGCGUCCGAAGCGCACGCUGGGCUUCACCAUCGAUGAGAUCAUGAGCAGAUAGAUUGGUCAGCUGAUCGCAAUUUAUUGGUUUUAUGUUCAGGAUGCAGCCGCAUCCAGAAUGCUGAGCGCCGCCAGGCAUGGGAAGUGCCU